AUGAAGAAUCCCAUUAUUCUGGCGAUCUGCAUCUUCAUUUUCUCGUCCGUGGCUGUGCAUGGACCUGAAAGCAUCCUUGUUCCAAAUUUGUGCUGUUAUAAAUUCUCCAGUCGCCUGCCAAAGAACAAGGUGGUGGACUUUCAAUACACAGACAAGCUGUGUCCAUUGGAAGGAGUGCUCUUCAGGAUGAAGAGGGGUGUUGUACUCUGCGCUGACCCAUCUAUGCCGUGGGUCAAGGCCAUCAUUGAUGCUAAGGAAAAGGAACUGGCAGGGAAACUGGCAGUAACCAAGGGAAUUGACCAAGCCAAAGAAAUAGCUCCGACUAAGGAAGUUAACCAAGCUGAAGAAAUGGCUCCCACCAAGGAAGUUGACCAAGCUGAAGGACAGACUCCGACCAAGGAAGUUGACGAAGCUGAAGGACUGACUCCGACUAAGGAAGUUGACCAAGCUGAAGGACUGACUCCGACCAAGGAAGUUGACCAAAUUGAAGGACUGACUCCGACCAAGGAAGUUAACCAAGCUGAAGGACUGACUCCGACCAAGGAAGUUGACCAAGCUGAAGGACUGACUCCGACCAAGGAAGUUGACCAAGCUGAAGGACUGACUUCGACCAAGGAAGUUGACCAAGCUGAAGGACUGACUCCAGCCAAAGAAAUCAAUCAGGAAAUCUAUGUCCAAUACUGCUUUCGAAGUAUCUGAAGCCACGUAACUGUUGGGCCAUGGAAAUCCAGAAAUUAAGUAACUAAUUGUGUAGGAUUUUAGUGAAGUGUUCUGAUCUGUUUUCAUUGGUAACCGAAGGAGCUCUGUCUUUGUAGGAGCAAUUUUAAAAUAUUUUGGAGACCUAGGCAUUGAUGCAGAGGGGUUUUCAGAACUUGCUGACCAGGAAGCCCUAAGACCUUUAUAUUCAGAUUCCCAUCGUAGAUGUGCAGCUAACAUAGCUGGAGCAACUGCGUGAUGCUAUCAUGUCAAUAUGGACCAAAAUCUCUGAGGAAUGUUUCCAACACCUUGAUAAAAGUGUGCCAUGAAGAAUUAAAGCGUUUCUGAAGGCAAAAAGGGGGUCCAACCUUUUACUAGCAAGGUGUACCUAAUAAAGUGGCUGGUGAGUGUAUGUAAACAGAUACAAGGAAUACGGUCUUUGCCUUUAAAAAAGGCACCUGAUGCCAUUUACAGUCUUUAAAAGGGCUGUCUCGGUACUGUAGUUCAUCCUAAAGCCAGAUUGAUGCUUCUCUAAGAUGUUGUUUUUAUUAAAAAUAAAAUAAUUUAUUUGAAUAAAAAUUAUUUUUUCUGAAAUUUUACUCGGACAAGUUAUUGAAAAUGCCGGGCCUUAAAUUGCUCUUCUUCAGAAGGGGCCUCACCGCUGUCGUUUUAAAGGAGGUGGGGAAGACAUCUGUCUGAAAACAAAUGCUAAAUGUGAAAUGUUGUUUUUGCAUCUCCAAUUUUGUUGUAUUUAUACAAUGACAAUAAA